AUGGCGGUCAGCGAGUUGGUAUCCGACCCGAAGCUGCUCGUGGUCCUGCAGACCUCCGGCUACGCCCAAGACCAAGCCGUGAAGCUGUUGCAGGUCCUCACCGACACCGCCCGGUCCGGCGAGGACGCCCUGUCGACGGCGCAACAGCAGGGCCUCUCCAAGGAGCAGAAGCUGCUCCUCACCAACAUCGCCCACCUCCGCGGCCUGCACCGCGCCGCCAAUCUUGCCGCCAGGGAGACCAAGGCCCAGACGGCCGAGGCCCGCCAGGAGGUCGACCGCCUGCACCUGCAACUGCAAAAUCUCUACUACGAGCAGAGGCACCUGGAGGGCGAGAUCGAGGCGUGCGAAUCGUACGACCACACGUACCAGAAACUCCCGCUGAUUCCCGUCGAGGACUUCCUCGCCAUCCACCCCGAACACGCCAACGAUGACGAAAACGCCCUGAUGAUCGCCCGGAUUGGCCACGAGAGGGCGGAACGAGAGGCUCUCGAGCAGCAAAGAUUGGAGCUGGUUGGCAAGAAGCAAAAGUUAAUGGCCGAGAAUAAGAAGCGGAAAGACGAUCUUGCCAAUCUUGAUAAGGACCUGGAGAAGUUCAUCGAUGCUGCAAAACCCAUUCAAGAGCUGUUCGAGAAGGUGGCAUGA